CCCUCUCUGGGUUGCUGUUGGCCGGUGCUGGCAGCUGUCUCAGUCCGAUUCUGGCUUGGAAAGAGGAGAUCCCUGCCCUGUCAUUUUAUUGACGGACUUGCCGGCAGAGGCUUUUCCCCCCCAGAAGUUGGUCGAAGAAGCUCAAGCUCUCAAGCUCUGCUGUUUCCUCCCCUCCCUGUCCAGUGGUUUCCGUGAUAAUGGCUUUCCUCUCUCCGAGUUUCCACCUCAGAGAGACCCCACAGAUCUAGACUGUGAACUCAGCUAGAAAACACUGCUGUUAAAAUGACCGAAGAACCCAUAAAAGAGAUCCUGGGAACCCCAAAGUCUCCAAAGCAGGGGACAAUGGAGAAGAGCACCAAGAAGGAGGUUGUGAUCAACACAGUGCCCCUGGUCAGUGAGAUUCAGCUGACGGCCGCUACCGGGGGUGCUGAGCUCUCCUGCUACCGGUGCCUUAUUCCCUUUGCCGUGGUAGUCCUCAUCGCCGGGACAGUGGUCACCGCUGUGGCUUACAGCUUCAAUUCCCAUGGCUCCAUCAUCUCCAUCCUUGGCCUGGUUCUUCUCUCCUUGGGACUUUUUUUGUUAGCCUCUAGUGCUUUGUGCUGGAAAGUGAGACAAAGGAGCAAGAAAGCCAAGAGACGAGAGAGUCAGACAGCUCUUGUGGCCAAUCAGAGAAGUUUGUUUGCUUAAGACUGAUAGAGACCAAGUGGGGUUGUACGGCCUGAAAACCUGCUCUCACUUCCCCAGACAACCCCCAUCCUACACACCCAGAAUUAGUUUGGGGGACAGAGGCCUCAGCCUUGGAACAAGCCAGAGGAAUGGGGAUGGGUGGAAGGUGGGAGGGCAGAGAUGAAGAAUAACCUUUUAAUUCUUUCAUGACAAACUUAACUUUAAGGGCUAUUCAAAGACUGGAAAUUAGAUUUUUCUUUUAAGGACCAUGGGAGAUGUAGCAGAUUUAUUUCACCUUGGAAAGUAGCAGAGAAAGGAUGGAUCUGUAUUAUAAAAAAUGCUCUGCCAUGUGUCUAAGCUGACUUAGACUUUGCCUACAACUAAGAAAUUCUGGAAUAAUUUCUUUCAUGGAGUUGAUUCUCUUGUGCUUAUUUUAUUUUUCACAAUCAGUAACUCAUAACUGGUGGUACUUUUUCUUAAAGAACAAACUAAUUUUUUUUACAUGUUAACAUUGGACAGUUUUAAAUGAUUGUAAUGAUGAAGUAAAAAUGUGGGGUCAGAAAAGAAAAUACAGACAAAAGUUAUAACUACUUGAUGUCAUGGGGGUUAAAUUAAUAUUAAAAUAGUCCAGUGUAGCACUUUUCAUGAUUUUUAUAUAUGUUUAAUGUACAUUUAAUUCAAAAUAAAAAAUACUCAUUGCUG